GCAAAUACGCGUUUCUCGCCCACUAUUGAAAAGGGAAUCUGAUGGAGUAAGUCACAUGACCCAGUGUCGGUAACUAAUAAUUUUUUUUUUUGAAGAAGCGGAGCGUCUCUCAUUGGACAUUUCGAACCCAAACCUGCGAGAAUAAAAAUAUAACCCAGUAUAACCCAAUAUGCCCGUCGAGCCAGCUAUUCACCCCACAGCUACGUCUGACUCGACUCAAUCGGACCCAUCCACUGGACAACUGUCACCGCAGUUCAUUGAUUCCAUUUCUUCCCCACUCACUUUAAAACCUGAAAUGAACGUUGAAGGUGCUACUGUCUCCGAAUUGGCUUCCCAUGCCAACGAUACCAGGGACAUCGUGCUUCCUAAUCAAACUGAACAUGUCUCUCAGAUUGCUAUUGAUAUUGGAGGAUCUCUCGCAAAGAUUGUCUAUUUCACGUCGUCAAACGACAUCAAGGGCGGUCGAUUGCAUUUUAAAAAGUUUGAAACCGAGAAAAUAGACGAGUGUUUGGACUUCAUUGCAGAACUAGUUGAAGACGCAAAGCAUAUCGAUAAUCGAAAUGAACAGGUCGUCAAAGCUACCGGAGGAGGCGCAUAUUUGUUCCAAGACAAGAUUGCAAAACGAUUACCGGGUAUCACUAUACAAAAGGAAGACGAAAUGGAGUGUUUAAUAAACGGCUUAAACUUCUUCAUUACCGAGAUUCCGUAUGAAGUUUUUACCUAUUCAGAAACCAAUCCUAUGCAAUUUGAAGAACGAACUCAAGAUUUGUAUCCAUAUAUGCUGGUUAAUAUAGGCUCAGGUGUCAGCAUUUUGAAAGUGACAGGACCAGAUGAGUUCUCUCGAAUAAGCGGAACAUCGUUAGGAGGUGGAACACUGUGGGGCCUGUUAUCGCUUUUGACUGGAGCGCAAAGCUUUGAUGAAAUGUUGGAUCUGUCACAAAAUGGAGAUAAUCGCAAUGUCGAUCUGCUGGUUGGAGACAUUUAUGGUUCCGAUUACUCAAAACUUGGGUUAAAGUCUACACGAAUAGCAUCAAGUUUUGGCAAAGUAUUCAAAAAAGGUGUACGGCAAUCUCAAGAUGCAUUUCAUGCUGAAGAUAUUUCAAAAUCCCUAUUAUUUAUGGUUUCUAAUAAUAUUGGCCAGAUCGCAUACUUGGUUGCCCAACAGCAUGGACUGCGAAGAAUAUACUUUGGAGGAUGUUAUAUUCGAGGCCACCCUGUUACCAUGAACACGCUGUCGUACGCCAUCAACUUUUGGUCUAAAGGAGAAAUGAAGGCGUUGUUCUUGCGACAUGAAGGCCAUUUGGGAGCGACUGGAGCAUUCCUGAAGCAUAAGCCAAUACGACGAGCGCGACACUCAUUCUCAUAUUCUGAAAACUUUACUCCUCAGAUCAUCACUGGUAAUCCGAGCAACGUCUAUGGAGUUCUGGAACAAACUAAACUAGAACUUAGAAGCAAAGAGUAAUCUAAUCCUACUAAAAAAAAUUUACCUUAUUGUUAUUUA